AUGGUAGGAAAUAAAAGUCCUCGGAAACAACUCGGAGGCAAAUUACCUGCCAAUGUGGAAAAACUGAAACGGGGACAAACUUCGAUGAGGCCCAGAAGGUUCAGCUUAAUUUAUUCUUCUGAUUCAUCAUCUUUAAGUGAUGUUUCAGAGGAGAGUACUACAAAUACACAAAGGAAGAAAACUGCUACUAAGGGAAAGAAAAUGUCAAAUAACGCUACAGGGAAAAGAAGUAAACUGAUACAAAGUAAGAAUGAUGACGAAGAGGGCACCGAAUCGUCUGACUACGAAGCCAUAGUCUCAGGCAAUGAAAGUGACAGUGAUGAAGAAGAUGAAAGUGACACGACCAGUUCUGAUUCUGAUGAUGAUAAUAUCGAUUUUGUCAAAUUGACGGCUCAAAGAAAGAAAAGAGCAAUGAAGGCGUUGUCAGCAAUUAAGAGAAAUAACGGUAAAGAACAGACAAGUUCUGCUGUACAAUCAUCAGACUCGGAAGAAGAGGUGACCACAAAUCCAAAAGAACAACCUUCCGUAGCAAUUUCCAAAUCAACAUUUAACGAUAUAGAGCUUAGCAGAGAAGAUGUUGGAGAAGAGGUCGCAUCUUCUACUUCAAAGGACUACUCUGCUCCAAUAAAAUCAUCAGCAAUUUUAGACACUGUUGAUCAAUUGAAUGUCCCUACCUUUUCAGAAAGUGACGAAUCCGAAUAUGACAUAGAUCAUGAUACCUACUUCAAUGUGAUACAUAACGAUGACGAAGAAGAUUUAAAUAAUAAUUCCUCAGGUGAAAUUGAUACUGGAUUAGAAACCGGAGAAGAUGACCUGCCCAUUCUACAUCAAGAAGAACAAAAUAUAGUUACAGAGCUUCAAAAUGAUGAUGAACUCUCAUUUGACGGGAGUAUCCAUGAAGAAGGGGAAGAUCCUGCCGAUUUGGAAGAUACACGAAAUACAUUCCAAAAUUUUAAUAAUGAGGAUGAUGAGGAAGAUGAAGAAGAGGAUGAGAUAAUGACUGAUUUUGAUAUUCCAUUUUACGAAGAUCCAAAAUUUGCAAACCUAAAUUAUUAUGAGGACGGCACAGAACCACGAUUGAGUUUGAGUACAUCUCUACCACUGAUACUAAACGAUGAAAAACGGAUCAAAUUGCAGAAGAAGCAAGCUAAAAAAUUGGAGAGAGAAGAACGUAUAAAGAGAAGAAAGCAAUUAAGGAAAAGACUAAGGGAAAAAAAUCAAACUAGAAGUCACGAUUUAGAUAGUGAUGAAUAUAUUUUCGGAGUAUUCUUUCAAAGUGAUAAUGAAUAUGAUGCCCAUUCUGGUAAAGACCCUCUUGCAAGAUACACAUCUAAGAAUCAUAUUUUGAAGCAUAACACUCAAUCCAAUUUAGAAUCACCACUAAAACGUUUAGGUGCGUUAUCAGACUAUGAUAUUUCAUCAGAUGAAGAUGAUAGUGAUAUUCUUCUAAAUGAGGCUCAUAUACCGUCUGCAGACGAUCACAGUCAUAUACAUGGUCACUCUGAUGGUGCAUCAUUAACUUCAGAAAGUUUACAACUAGCAUUGGAUGAUGAAUUAGAUGAUGACGAUGAUGAUGACAGUAGUGUGACAAACGUUUUUAUUGAUAUUGAUGAUUUGGAUCCAGAUUCCUUCUAUUUCCAUUAUGAUGAUGAGGAUUUCUCUUCUUCAGGAAGUAACCUAUCUGAUGAUGAUAAGUUAAAUAACGCCAAUGGUACAAGUGCGGAAGCUGUAGAGCCUAUUGUUUAUGUCGAUGAUGAAUCUACCGAUGAAGACGAUAAUUUACCACCUCCCAGCUCAAGAAGUAAGAAUAUUGGAUCGAAAGCCAAAGAAAUUGUUAGCGCAAAUGUUGUUGGAUUACGGCCUCCAAAAUUGGGUACUUGGGAAACGGACAAUAAACCAUUUAGCAUCAUCGAUGGACUAUCGACAAAAUCAUUAUAUGCAUUAAUACAAGAACAUCAACAAUUACAUGAACAGCACCAACGAGCUCAAAGCCCAGAUCUUCGUAAAAGUGAUACCAAUUCGGUGACAAAUGGUGAAGAAUUAACAUUAAAUGAGCUUUUAAAUAUGAGUGAAUUAGAAGAUGAUGACAAUGAUCCUGAGACUCAACCGUCCGCUUGGUAUAAUGAUAAGCCAACAGUGCCACUAUCCGCAUUCAGAAAUAAAGGUAUAAAUACUGUUAUGGACGAUGAGUAUAUGAUGCCUUCUUUGUCAACCAGAAAAGCUCCAAUUGGCUAUGUAGGUAAUGAACGAACAAGAAGAAAAAUUGAUAAGAUGAAAGAAUUGCAAAGAAAAAAGACGGAGAAGAAAAGGCAACUAAAGAAAAAGAGAAAACUAUUGAAAAUUAGGAGAGAAAGACAACGUCUAGAAAAGGAAAAAUCUUUAAUGGAGAAUGCUCUACCUGAGGAGCCACGCAAAGGAGAUGAACCACAUAUUAUCACCAAUCCGGAUAUGCAUGAUAUGCCAAAUUCCAACGACUUAUCUGGGCUUCAUGAUUUACAGACUCCCGAAAGCGUAGGAGGAACUAUGACUCCAUCAUUGUCUAGAAAGAACUCAGUAAAAAGUGUCGGUCUUGACGAAAUUCAUGAGAUAUUGGGUAAGGACGAUAACGACUUGUUAGACACCGGAGACAACGAUCUCUUAUACGACGGUGCCAAUAUUGAUGAUACUGCAGUUAUUGGAGAUGCUGAUGCUGAUAUCUUAGCUUCAUUGACGGCCCCAGUCCAAUUCAAUGAUUUCGACAACGGUGCUCCAGCUUGGAGACGUAGGCAAAGUAUUGCAGAGGCAGCGGCUGAAAACCUUCGUUUUACAAAAAAUGGACUGUUUAGUGAAACAGCCUUGGCAGAUAUCGAAGGUAUUAUCGGUAAUGGUUCUUCAAAUGGUGCAUUCAACUUUAAUGAAGUUCUACAAUAA